UUACAAAAUAUCUAAAACAAAAUAUCUUAAGGAGGUUGAAUAUUCAUAAAACCAUAUAUUUAUUUCCUACCAAAAAUAACAGAGAAAUGGCAUCAUCAUUUGCAGUUUUCCGGCUGCCGGAAGUGUUUAACCACCGUGCCAGAAUUGAUAAUCUAUCAAGACCGACAUCAAAAUCUAUUGCUGCCACGUGUUGUAUGCGAAAUCCUGAUCAGAAAGGGGGCCGAAACUAUUACGAUCUGCUUGGGGUUACUGUCAACUCCAAUCCUCAAGAAAUAAAAGAAUCUUAUCGAAGGCUACAAAAGAAGUACCACCCAGAUAUCAUGGGCCAAGAGGGUCAUGAACAUACAAUUCUGCUAAACGAGGCGUACACUGUGCUAAUGAAAGACGAUUUAAGAAAAGAUUAUGAUGCUUCGAUCGGCCAUGUAAGAGUUGGGUUCGGAGGUGAUGAACUGAACAUGGGUUACAGCUCGUGGAACGGCCCGUUUCGACCCCAAGCACUCUUUGUUGAUGAGAAAGCUUGCAUAGGCUGCAGAGAGUGUGUGCACAAUGCCAGCAAAACAUUCGUAAUGGAAGAGACUACCGGAUGUGCUCGAGUCAAAGUUCAAUUCGGAGAUGAUGACACUAGCAUAGAGGUGGCGGUUGAAUCAUGCCCAUUGGACUGUAUCCAUUGGGUAGAGAGAGAAGAUUUAGCCGUGUUGGAGUACCUUAACACGCCACGACCCAAACAAGGGUAUGGCGUGUUUAACCAAGGCUGGGAAAGACCGCAAAACGUAUUCAUGGCAGCCAAAACCUUCCAGAAGUAUCAAAAGCAGCAACAAGCCGAAUCACUGCGAAAAAAUGUUAAACAUGAUGUUGAACCAGAAACCGAAGCGCAAGCACAGGCUCGAGAAAGUGCAAGCUUAAAACUGAAGAUGGAGAGAUUUUCAGUGGUCUGGGAAUGGAUGAAGAAAGUUUCAUUCAAGUAAAAUAUAAACUGAAAUCAUGGUGCAGCAGACACUAGUUUAUAUUGCUGAUUAAUAUAAAUGUAUAUAAACUUAUACAAGUCUUUAGUCUAUAAAAUCAACAUUUACAUGAUC